CAAGAUGACCUGAUCGAUGCGACCAAACCUGGAGAUUCCUGCAUUCAAGAUAAACAAUUUCUUUUACCGGAAGAAAAAACAUCAGAAGACUGUUUGUCUCUCAGCGUCUUUGUCAAGGAUGUAAAUGUCAAGUCCCAGUCACCAAGGAAAGUGCUCGUCUACAUUCACGGCGGGGGCUUCUUUUUUGGGUCGUCCUUUGGUUAUAAUCCAGGUACGCUGGUGGUGGACCACGACGUCAUUGUAGUGACCAUCCAGUACCGCCUUGGCGCGCUUGGUUUUCUGACCACCAAGAACGGGGCUUCCCUCGGAAAUUUCGGUUUAUGGGACCAGGUACUUGCGCUAAGGUGGGUCAAAAGCCACAUCGACGCUUUUGGUGGGGACCCGAAGGACAUUACCAUAGCCGGCGAAUCGGCAGGCGGGGCGUCGGUGUCACUGCUCACCUUGAGUCCCGUAACAAAGGGAUUGUUCUCCAAAGCCUAUUCGGCAAGUGGGGUGGCCACGACACUGUUCACGCAAUAUAAAAACAGCGAAACGUUUGUCUUGUCCUUGGCCAGGUCUCUAAACUGCUGGGACAAGGACGCGUCCAUCAACGACGCCUCCAGCGGGUUCGAGAUCAUCCAAUGUUUACGCUCACGGCCGGCGUCAGAUUUUUCCAGCAUUCAAUUUUUCGAAGGGUCGCGGCCAAUCUACGUGCCGUGGGCGGACGGUGAGUUUUUUACCGCUUCUCCUUCAGCCUUGAUACACGACAGGCAGUAUUUGGAAGGCAUCGGCUUCUACGACAGGAGGUAUCUCUUCAGCGUCAACAACUUUGAGCAGUCCGUGCUGGCUCCAUUCCUAUUUAUGACGCGCGACUUCAUCUACAGCAACAGUAGCGUUUCAGACGAGGACAAACUGAACAGUUGGCAUAAUUUUAUGUUCACCACUUGCCAAUCGACGAUUGCCGACCACCUCGGGGUCGAGGACGUGCCCGAAGAUUUAGUCAAAAAUAUUUUGGGGUGGUACCAGGCCAGAGAGUCUUCGCCAAGUGAUGUGAUACGGCUGGUCUUGGAUCUGACUUUCGUCGUUCCGACACUUGAUAUCCUCAACGCCAUCGGCCGCGGCGGACGCACAGAAUCGUGGUUGCUCUAUUUCAACCAUUAUCCGCGGUACCUUUCUGGUGACGGCAAGGGGAUGAUGCACGCCCUGGACCUGUCCUACUGGUUCGAUGUAGAGAUGGACGUGGUACGGCGGCUUCUGGCGCCCCAGGCGUCCGGUGACUUCGGAGAUGAAGAUGUAACAUUGAAAAAAAUCUUCUCUUCGAUAGUGGCUUCUUUUGUCAAGAAUGGGUGA